ACAAGCGCUGGGGAGCGUGAAUCGUUGAGUCACGAUUGAUCGAGUUUGGUUUUGCAUUUGAUUUGUUGAAGUGGUGGGUUGAAAUCUCUAGAAAGCAAAGAUGAACAGCCUGUAUUGCAUCAGUUUUUUUCUCAUCGCUGUCCAAUUUUCCGCCCUCAAUGGCGCACCUCAACGUGGAUUAAGUUGGUCAGGUGUUCCCAUGAGCGUUUUCGUGGAGAAAAACGAUCCACAUUUCCCGGAGGACUUCAACUCCUUCGCUGACAGUGCAGAGUGUAAAGACGAAAGAGAUUGCAGUUGGAUCCCCAAUGAAUUAGCAAAGCGGCCAGGAGAAAAUUUAGACGAAUAUUGCUCGAAGCACAAGAACACGCCGGCAGUUAAACAAUGCCGCAAGACUUGUAAAUUCUGUAAAGCACCAGCCCCCGUUGAGUGUAAAGACGAAAGAGAUUGCAGUUGGAUCCCCAAAGAAUUAGCAAAGCGGCCAGGAGAAACUUUAGACGAAUACUGCUCGAAGCACAAGAACACGCCGGCAAUUAAACAGUGCCGUGACACUUGUAAAUUCUGCAAGGAACCAUCACCCGCUGGCGAAGAGCCAUCCCCCGCUGAGUGUAAAGACGAAAGAGAUUGCAGUUGGAUUCCCAAAGAAUUAGCAAAGCGGCCAGGAGAAACUUUAGACGAAUACUGCUCGAAGCACAAGAACACGCCGGCAGUUAAACAGUGCCGUAACACCUGUAAAUUCUGCAAAGCACCAUCACCCGCUGUCUGCGAAGACGAGCGCACCGACUGUUAUGCUCUUGUAGUCAAGACGGGAGGCGGACAGGCGCUUGAAAAUUAUUGCAAUCAAUGGAAGGCAGAGAAUGCAAUACAGCAAUGUCGUAGAACCUGCAACUUGUGUUCCAAGCCCCCUUCCCCACCCAUCGAACCAGAGACCAUGGCACCUCAGACAGAGCAGCCUACACCGGAGACCGCUGAACCAUCAGGUUCCAAGCCCCCUUCUCCACCCAUCGAACCAGAGACCAUGGCACCUCAGACAGAGCAGCCUACACCGGAGACCGCUGAACCAUCAGGUUUUCAGAAAGAUUGCUUAGAAGUGCACAACUGCUAUAGAGGUUUUCAUAACGCCCCUCCCCUUCGGUGGUCAGCGGAGCUAACGCGUGCGGCACAGGAAUGGGCUGACUACCUUGCAAGCCGUGAUGAAUUUGUUCACGAUCCAACUCUGAGGGCCAAGGGUCAGGGUGAGAACCUCUACUACAAGAGUCCUUCCAAGAGACUGUGCAAUUACGGUGAGUUCGGACCAGAAUGCCUGAGCUGCGGUGAGAUCGUGACGCGGUGGUACGACGAGGAAAUUGAUUAUGAUUACGCAACAGGGGAGACAAAGACACCAUUCGCUCCAAUAUUGCAUUUCACUCAGAUCGUUUGGAAAGCGACCAGAGAGGUGGGAAUGGCAACUGCUGUGGGACACGGCAAGCUGAUUGCGGUAGCGCGUUAUUCUCCCGCUGGAAAUACCAAAGGAUUGUUCCAGGAAAACGUCCAUCCUCCCCCCGAGGAAAUAUUGGAAGCUCCACAAAGGAUUUGUUUACCAAAGAUAGUUACCUGAGCUCAACUUAAAACUGAGCAACAACUUGAACGUUCAGUUACAGUAUUGCCAAGAGAUCAUUAUGGUA